AUGAAACCAAGAAAAGCACCAUUGGCAUCUGAUAACAGAGAUAGACUUAGUGAUUUACCAUAUGCCCUUAUUCUUAAAAUCUUAUCAUUCAUUGAUAUGAGAUCUGUAAUUCGGAACAGCAUUCUGUCGAAAAGAUGGAGGUAUAUUUGGAAAUCUCUUCCUACUUUGAACUUCAAUUCAAAUGAUAUAUACCAGAAUUCUUCUAGAAACUUUCACAUAAGAGAGGAUGGCAUCAUACAUUUCAUUUACCAGGUAUUAGCUCUUCGCGAGAAAUCUAUACAGAGACUUGACAUUGUUAUUGAACAUAUUGAAUCUAAUUUUGAAGAUCGUCUUUAUUCAUGGAUACUUGUUGCUGUAGAAUGUAAUGUUCAAGAACUAUCUAUUGAGAUUUGCGAUAAUCAAAAGAUUGACAUUCCUGAUUGCCUAUUUACUUGUUCAUCUUUAACCAAAUUCGAAUUGACAGUGAAUGGUAGGCAUAAUUAUGGGAAAAUAUUUUUACCUGAUGUUAUAGAUUUACCUAGGAUCAAAUGUCUGAAGCUUGAGGGACUUGGAUUUAAAGAUGAAGAAUUAACUGAUGAGUUCUUCUUGAACUGUCCUAACCUUGAAUCGUUGACAAUAGUAGAUACUUACAUUGAGUUUGAUAUCUGCUGUCCAACUCUCGAAGUGUUUAUACUAGAAUUUAAUGAUAAGAGGAGUCCAAUGACUAGACAAUCAAGAUAUGGUCAUCUUAUUUCUCAAAGGAAAACUUGGUGCGGCAGCAAUACUAUCAGGUUAAGUGCUCCAAAGCUAACAUUCUUAAGAUGCAAAGGUAUGAUAUCCGAAGACAACAUCCUAGAGGACCUUUCUUCUCUUAAAACUACUGAUAUUGAAAUCAAGUUAUUAGAAGAUAUGGACUGGUACUAUAAUGUUGUAGACGAAGAAUGUUCAGGGCUUUCUGCAGAGACUGAAGAAUUUGGUAAAUUGAUGGUGAAUUUCUUAAAUGCGCUCCGUAAUGUGAAGUUUCUAACUCUAUCUCAUAGAGUCCUUGAGAUUAUAUCGAAUGCUCCUGACCUGUUACAAAGUCGGCCCCAGCUAUUCCACAAGCCACAAGAUAUGACUCUGGGAACAUGCCUUUCACCAGACUGCCUUCCUGGAUUAACCUACUUGAUGAAGAUAUCUCCAAAUAUUAAGACUCUCUCCUUAGUAUUGGAUACGGAACGUCUAGACGAAAUCGCGGAGGAACUAUCUUGUGAUGAGUUCUUGUUUACUAAGGUGCCAGUCUUGGAUGAAGUGCACCUUACCUAUCCAAGAUUCCAAUGCCCUAGUGACAGAGAAAGAAUGGAAUUUUUUGAUAAGCUAUCUGUGCUUCCAGCAGAUACUCCAUCUAUGACAAUCAUAUUCUGA